ACAAAAGAGCAAAUAUAGGCAACAAAUUGCAAUUCAAAGAGACAAAAGACAACCAGUGCACAGGAUAAGUGACAAACUUCCUUUUAUUGAAAAAGAAAUGUCGCGUGUCAUGCCACCAGCAGUGGGUAGCAAUCUUCCAAGCUGGGGUGGCAGAGGCAAAACUUGGCAAAAUGCUACAAUCACGCUGUAUAACGGCCUUGGACACAAACAACUGACAUCACAUUGUACAGAAUGAAAGGGCAAGACUCCAUCUAAGAACAGUCUGUGGCACCACAUACUUGACAUGGUGUAAAAAAUGUUGACAUGGCCUACCCAUAAAGAAAGAGCAACUAACACAGAAAACGCGCCUUAAAAUGCAAUAUGCAGAGUCUGAAACCAAGAAAAAACAACCCAAAAAAAGGUUAAGUCUUUCAACGAUUAAAAUUGUCAAACUGUCUCAUCACUUCUCCUGCACAGCUGAAGAGGAAGGAAGGAAAGCCCAAUAGCAGGGCUGCAGGAAAUGUCACGAAUAAAUAUACUUUGCUUACCGACGAUACCCGUGGUAAACGUGUGUGUAUAAACUUUUGUUUAGAAUGGUUUAGCGAAUAGGGAAAAAAUGACCAUAAGAGCACCAGGUGUAUGCAUAGUCUACGUAAAAAAGCCACUGCUUUCUUAUAUAUUUUUUCUCUCUACUAUUCAUGAGUAUUUAAGUGCCUUAAUAGCACUGCUAACAUCCUAAACAGAAAAUUGGGCAAGUUGUGGCAUAAAGAAAAUUGCAGUUUCACUCAUUGAAACUGAUGCAGUAGCUGGUGAAAUAUGCGCAGGAAGCUUACUUCAUGCAGUGUUUGUUGAAGUGAACACUUGCCGAUGCAAGUCGGUAAUCUCCUUAAGCAAGUUAAAUAAGUAAGAGUCGUAUUUAUUUGUGGGAGUUGUGCCUCCCAGUGUUGAAGUGGAAAGACUCGGCUUUUCUUCCUCCUCUUUCAUAUCCGGACUUGGCCACUGGUCUACACCAAAACAACCCUUUAGCUUAUUACUGCUGAAUUCGUUUUGGUUGCGCUUUGCUUGAGGAAAACAAGACACCAACAGCGCCAUGAAAUGAAUCAAUUCUCAAAGAGCGUGUGCAGUCCAGCCAAAAGCAGGGGCAAGAAUCCGCAUUGUGCUCCUGCAUUGAAGGUGAAUAACACGUACCAUAAUGGCGAAUGUGCUUUAGUAAGCUUCCCUGCAAUAUGAAUUUGUAAUUUACAAAGAAUUGUCAAUAAAGCUUACCACGAGCACAGAUGCACUUGUAAAUAGUGGCACAAUUGAAAAUAAUGAGCAGUGUAAACCUAUGUGCCCUUUCCACUCUUGGUAUGCUUUACUGCAACAUGCUUAUUUACACCCCUGUAUUGCGGCGUAGCAAGCUGCAAAAGAAACGCUGCAUAAUUGGGAUUUUUAAGGUCUUUCCCGCAAUACACUAAUGUUUCGCAAUGAGGCCUAAGCAAUGUACUGCGGUGAAGCAUACUAAAAGUGAAAAGGGGCCACUGUCACUGGGCAUAAUAAGAGUUCUUUAAUUAUACACUCGCUCACCCGCCACCUCUCAGGUCGCCUAAGUGGACAUACUAUGCUGGCUGAUAGCAUCCCCCCCUCGCAUUUAGUAUGCUUCACCGCGUAACUAAAAUUUACUGCGGCGAAGAAGCCGUACAUCUGUACUACUGAGUGAAUAAACAAACGGUUUUUACAACAGUUCAGAAAUAAACGCGCACCAUGCCACAAUAAACGUGCACCAGUCUACCACACGGAAGAGCGUCGCAACAUACGGCAGCUGAUUCACACAGGACGUGUAGCCCACUUAUCAGUCGUAAAGGGUAUUAUGGGUAAUUCAAAAUUUCAGACACACAUGUGUUUAUGUUUACGUUCGCACUCCUUGCGUAAUAAGACUCCCAGAACUUCCACAACAGAACGUAAUUUACAACACACAAACGCAAAGAACACAGACAUAUGUCUCGUUUUCAAAUCGGCCGUCAUGCAAAUGACAUAUAGCGCGGAAAAACGUGAACAUGCUGUGUGUUAGCGUCGUAAACUUCAUACUAGGCAAGGAGCUAGCACACCAGAAUUCCGCGACAGCCGCUAAUGAGACCAAGACGGGAGCACAUGUCUGUGAACGCGCAAACGGAGCCCCUAACCACUCUGCUCCUCCGCCACCCCAGCUGCACCACUCGUUUCAAGCACAGCACACCAAACACACAUUCAGCGCUGAACAGUGGGCGGUCGACGCAGUUGCAUUUACAUGAUUUGCAGCGAGCAGAACAUCCCUCGAUGUCCGUUAAGCAAAGUCGGACACGGGGACGCCACAUCGCGGUUCGCAGAACUUCGCUGCCAAGGCGCUAGGCCAGAUCGAUAUUUCAAUCGUCACCACCGCCGGGUUCUCAAGAAAGCACGGGUCACACAACGCAGAUCCUCUCCUGCCAGAGCUCACCGAGGCCAAAGCCGCACUGCCGCACCGCCACUACUCACGGCUUUCAGCCACGUAACACAGAACCUACAACCAACAAACAAGCAACGCACGCACAAUCACAUGAGCAAUGUUGAACAACGCGCGGUGCAAAGAACGAUCACGCCGAGGACGAACACGCCACGGUUUGGGAGGCCACGCUUACAACACCAACCAACACGAGCCUCGUAGACACAUAUACGCAUAUACCAUCAUUCCCAUCAUUAGAAAAUGAUUAGAAACUCUCAUAGACGGGGGCGCCAGAUUUCCCUCUAGGUGUCAUAGUGAGAAACUCUAUGGGCCAAUGCUAUAGUAACUCUAUAGCCAAUGCCAACCACGCCCCUUCGCAUAGCCGAAUGUAGCCGUGUUUCAAGCCGCGGCAAUCCCGCAGUGCAGUGAACGCUUCACUGUGCCCGCAGUUUUCGUUUUCGAGUCGGCGCUCCCGUCAGGCUACAGUCUGUGCUACAGUGCUUGUGUCGCGAUCGUAGUUAUUUGAUUGGCUGUGUGCACCAUGAGUGUACUGUUGUAGCACUUACUGCUUUUUGCGCGUUGCGUGGCAAACCAGUUUCAAACCAGUCUGACGGAGACUGAGAGAGCAGCAGUAGCUGCACAGCGCAUGCCACAAACGGACACAAAACACUCUUUACAUGAAAGUGGGCAUGAUACCUUGUUAACAUUUGGCCUUCCCUGCGAAAAUGGCCGGUAUACUGAAUUGUGCGUACAAAGCUGGCGCAGCGACCCGGAUUCUCCGGCGAUGAGCUCGGAAACACUGCGAGCGGAACGCUUUGAAAUUCCUGCAGCUGUGUCUCGUCGCGCGUGUGUCGAGUGAUCGCAGGAGCCUGCUGUCUUCGUCGACUUAUUUCUGUUGCCGCGCCUGCAGUGAACAGCUGUGCACUAUUGCCGCACAUUAAUUUCAAAUUCAUCGAACCCAGCACCUGGUGUCAAUCAUGGAAGCACUGAUCUGCUUUGUGGUGGCCACUUUCGUGUUUCUGCUGCUUUUUGACCACUACUGCCAUGAGGAGAGCCAGCAGGAACGCACCCCAGCCACUGCGCGGGACGUCGUGGACGAUGGCACGAUGCCUGCGGCCAAGAGUCGUUACUACUCGACCAGCCUGUUCGCAAUUCUUGGCCUUUCGCGCGAGGAAGUGCACGACUUUGCUGCCUUCCGUGACCGCUUCAGCACCUUCUCCGAAGUCAGCACAGCCAUGCGACGGGCAGGGCUUCCCGACAUCCACGUCAUUGUGGGCAUUGACUUCUCGGCCAGCAAUGAGUGGCAAGGCAGGCGAACGUUUCGUGGCGAGAGCCUGCACACCCUGAAGCCGAGCACACAGAACCCCUACCAGAGGGCGCUGGCUUCCCUGGGUGCUGCAGUGGGGCCCCUGCUGCACGGGAACCCCAUCCCAGCCUUUGGCUUUGGGGACUUGGUCACCAAGGAUGUGGACAUAUUUCCCCUCAUUGAGUCCGGUGCCUCGUGCCUGGACUUCAAUGACCUUAUGUGUGCCUACACGCAUGCCGCCCACAAGGUGCAGCUGUCAGGCCCAACAAGCUUUGCACCCCUGGUGCAGAAAGCGCAGCAAAUUGCCGUCGACAGCCGUGAGUUCCAUGUGCUGCUUGUUCUGACGGAUGGCCAGUUCAGCCCUGCAGGCGAGGCAGCUUCCAGGAAGGCCAUCAUCGCAGCUUCACAGGUGGCACCACUGUCACUGGUAGUGGUUGUACUGGGAGAUGGCCCAUGUGGAGCGCUGGUGCGCUGGGAUGAUGGUGUCCCUGAGCGCCGCUUCGACAACCUACAGGUGGUGCGGCAUGCCGAGGUGACGCGUGGGUGCCGACACCCAGACGCCGCACUGGCCCUGCAUGCUCUGAUGGAAGUGCCCGACCAAUACCGUGCAGCCGUGCAGCUGGGUCUGCUGAAAGGUGGCAUGUCGCCGUGAUUGUGCACUUUUUGUUUUAGGGAGAAUAGAAGACGACACCAGUGCUGUGACCAAAAAGCCACUGCUGAUGUCUGUUCCAAGGAUAUUGCAAGUGGAAGCUGUUAAAGACUAGGACAUUUUUCACAACUGUCUGCAAGUGGUUUGCUAAUACGUUACAGAAGCCCAAGCUGAUCCAUGCCCAAGCAGAUCGUUAGGCUCGCACCAUAUUCCGUGCAGGCAAAAACAGAUGAAAAAGAAUCUCGACAAACUCUGCUGGUGCAAAUUUUCUCCGGUGCCGAGAUUAAAAGAGAAGUGACCGAGUUUUCAAAAGAUGCUUGACAAAGAUCAUUGUUCAAAGCAACAAACAGCAAGGAAGAAGGGAAGUGUCAGCAUGGCCACCUGCCCUUUUUGUCUGCACUGUGCCCAUUUUGUUUACGAGCAUGCAGCUUUUAUAUAUUUUAAGUAGCACAGCCAAGAAGAGAAGUGGUGCCUAUUAGCUUCAAGGCGUGGACAGAACUGAACUGAGUAAUCACUCUAGUUGCAAGAGCAUAGUCCAACAGUGUCUUAAGCAGAACCCACUGUAUUGGUUGGCAUUUUUGUUUCUCAGAUUUUAAUAGUAACUGUAUGAGAAACACAUGCCAGGUUUAUGCCUUCUUUUGGAGAUAGUGUCCUGGACAGAGCAGCUGUGCUUUAUUUUUUAUUUUUAACUGCCGCUACCACUAGCAGUGGGCUAUAGUGCAGAUUAGGCAUUGCAAGCUGGAGCUUUCUAUAUUGAGAGUGUGGAAGGCGGCGCGAAGAGGUAGCCACCGUAGCCACGGCUUUAUUUAGACCAGCCAGCCAUGUGCCGCAGGAUCUCAGGAGUGGCUGAUACUGCACAUGAAAAGAAGAGAGACUGCAAGCCUAUAUACAUGAGUGGCAAUUCGUAGCGUCCAUUAAAAAGUUCAGGUAAGACCUGUGUUGCGGCGAAAGGCACAAGUAGCUCUCUGGUGGUUGUGGCUGAGAGUGUCUGCACACAGGGUGCAUUGUCUUGUACGUUGAGGACAUCGACUUGCAAUGUCGACGUCUGCGUGCCCAGUGCGGUGCAACUCGGCAAGCAGAGUUGAGGCGUAUUGGCUGGGUCUUGGAGCAUGCCGAGAGUUCAGGCCAUUGAGGGGAACAAUGCAGAAGACAGUGUUGUCGAAAGGCGUGCAAUGGUGGCAGUGGCGGAGAACUGCGAGUGGUGCUGUGUCUUGUUGCCCUUGCCGAUUCAUGCUGCGUCACAAUUUCAGGUGUGGGUAAAGUUGUGUAGGGCGGCGUAUGGUGACGACCAGCAAGACCAUCAUGUUGAGAUGGUGUGGUCACUCCGGCUUCUGCUCGUUUGGUGCGUAAUUUGCCAGGGCUUUCGUCAGAGAGGUACGAAAAGCAGAUGAUGUCAUCAUUGGUAGUACUGGGUUCAAGCAAUCCGACAGAGAUGUACCAGGCAGCACCGGCAGCGUAGGUUGUGAGCAAGGCGCAGCCACAAUGAUGACUUAGUCUGAAAUCACGAAAUCUUGCAGGUUCUCGUAGGUACCCGGGCCUGCCAGAAGUCAGAGCUCCAAAAGAAGACCAUCUGGCAGCUCGUGACUUGCGUGGAGACAGCACAAGUGUUGGUCACUCGCAUUGUAGAUCUAGAAGUGAUUCUCGAGCCGAAGAAGCCAGAUGGCAGAAUUGCUCCUGCAAAACUUUGGUAGGCCAUGCAUCCGUGGGAGGUACGAGCACAGAACAUCGGGAGGCUCAACUGCUGCUGCUUGCAGCGGAAUCUCGAAUGCCGAUAGCGUCAGGGUUGCGGUGGUCGCUGGUUGUGCUCGUGGUGUCGCUGUUCCUACAAGAGUGAAAUUUGCGCCUAGUGGAGCCGGUGAGAGAACCUCUGACUCGGUGAUGAGUGAGGUGCUACCAAACGGAAAGCGGACAGCUUGUGGGCAUGUCCUAGGAAGGAGAGCGGCGGGCUGUAGAAUAGCCGAAAGCACUUGCAUUUGGUUUAGUGAAUUCAUUGGAAAGAGUCGUCAUGCAGCUUCCUUUGAAAUGGAGAGGAAGCUCACAGACCAAGUAGAAGUGUGAUGCUGGGGCCAGCACCUGCUGACGAUCGGCACGGGUGCACGCAGGCAAUGUUGGACAGCAAGAGGCACAAUGAUGCAAUGGUUCAAAUGGUGAGCACUGUUGCGACUGAGUGCUUGAGGUGGCAUAGUGAGCAAGGACGUCUGGCCGCAAGUCCUCGUAGAAGUCAGGGCUGGGUGGGAGGAGGCAGCUGGACCCAGAAUGCAGCCAGAGGCUGGAACCUUGUUGAUAUGGAUGUGGCUGUCCAGCUGGAUGAACAAGAUGUCCGGCAUGUCGAUUCAGAAUUGCCGGACAUCCUACAACUGAAGGACAUCUGCUGGACUGCUUGAGACCACGUCACUCUCGCCUUGAUAAUGUCAGUGUGUUGACGCUGGCAUGGCUCGGCUCGGUCGUCUGGGACACCGAUCUGUGGGAGGCAGCGCAAAGAGGUAGCCACUGUAGCCACAGUUUAUUUAGACCGGCCAGCCAUAUGCUGCGGGAUCUCUGGAGUGGUCCAUACCGCGACUGCUCAGGUCAAGCGCACCAGCGUGUUCGCUUCUCAGGCUACUACACACGCGAGCAUCUUCUUCACCGGUUCUGGAGGCGAUUGUUGCGUUUCUACAAGAGCAGCACUGGAACAUGCAGCACUGGAACAUGCAGCUUAGAAGGAAGCAUAUUCCGUUAAAAUGUGCCACGUGUCUGCAACGCUAUCUGUCACCUCUUGUCUAGAGGUGCAUAAAUAACUAGACUCUUUACCCAAUUUGGCUCUCAUGGGUAGUAUUCUAAAGAAAGGCUACUAUUCUGAAAUGCCUCAGCAGGUGUCGUCACUGCCACUUACAUCAUAUGUGAUGCCAAUUGUUGUCAGUCUUGUUGACCUCUCUCCUCUAUGCACACUUUACUGUCACAAUGUCACAUGUGUCUAAGCAUCCCACAUCGUUUCUGAUAAAUCAGUAGCAGGUGCACAGUGUAAAAAAGAAGGGGGGUGGGAGGAGGGCAUGCAAGAUUGACAACUAUUGUUUCAUGGCAAUAUCACACCUUAAAGGGUGCUGUUUUAGAAAGCAGAUCACACAUUUAUUGUGGCCAUUGCUGUGGGAAUUACUGCAUUGCAGCUGCAUCACCCAUUAACUUACAUUCAACAACACUCUUGUCUCUGCAUACAACAAAAUGUCAUGCCAGUGCCCCCACAAAAUUUACAAGUAUCCUUAAAAAAAAGGAGGGGGGAUGAAGAGAGAGGCAGGUCCUUGCUGUGUUGCAGGGCUCAAUAUAUUUGCUAGAUCGUGGAAUUGAAGCCAACCGACAUGUCUACAAAAUUUUUCACUGCUCAAUGCACCUAUGAGUGAAAGCAAAACAUAAAUCUCACAGUUGAACGCACUUCAGAGCAUUAUCCAGGAAGGCUUAAAUUUAAAUAUCAGACGUUACUAAUGCUCCUUCUGCUUUGUUGCAGAAGCCAUUAAGUGAAGCUUGUGGGUUGGAACAAACUGGUAAAUUCCUGCACACAUGAGAAAGGAUACGUUAUCCAUGACUGCCUUGUCACUACCUUCAACUUAAGGGUUUGGCUCGCCGUAUCUCAUUUCGCAAUUUUGACAACUUGUCAGAGUGGGUGUUGCAUACUUGCUGCACAAAGAGUGGCAUUUAACAUUGUUCAGGUGCAUGGUACAAGUGCUUAUUCAAUCACUGACACUUGCUGAUAUAUCUUGCAUGGACUGCAACAGCAUGGUGAUAGUGAUAGUGUUUUCAUUAUACUGCAUUUUCCAGGCUCGGACCUGGAGAGCUCUGCAUUGUGGAAUAGGUUUGUGAAUUAGGAAAAGCAACAUUAUAAGACAACUCAGCUCGGUUGGCCCAGUCGGCCAGUCACCUUAUUGGGACACAUUGGCACCUGCCAAGUUCUGCAAGGGUCGUGAAUUAUCCGGAUAAUUUAAGGUGGCAUCUGAAAAAUCUGGCAGCAAGGACUGCUCCAAAAUGUCUUGGCUUGAAUUUUGCUGGACUUGACCCCAUUCUUCUGUGAAUCUGUGUAUGGAAGAAGCUGCUGCUAAUCAGCUGAUACCUCUCGAUCCUGCUCAAUCUGUGAACCGGUGUUUUUCCUACUGUGACAGUGGUGAGAUAAGACAGUGGAUCCACCAGCAUAACCCCGAGAACUGCACAGUUUCUAAAGAUUGCCCUGCAGAUGACUUUCUGGCAGGCUUGUGGGCUUGACUGCUGUGGACAAGUCACACAAGCGUUUCAGCAACCAUCUCGCCAUGUGGUCUACAAAGACUUCCUAAGUGAGAGUACUACAAGCAACAAACACAUAGAAAAAGCGCGCAUGUAACAUGACUAUGUGAGAACCACUGUGGGGACAGCUCAUGGAAUGGUGCAAAGUGUUGUGCUGGACAGUUGAAUUCUUUCACAGAUUUGUAGUGACAGAAUUUCUGUGAUGCAUAUGAAUGACAUUGCCAGGAACCAAAUGAGAUAGAGGUUCUCAGGAAGAUGAAGGGGUGAAGCGAUCAAAAGUGGCUGAACAAGGAAUGUUCAAAGGAAAUAUAUACACUCGCAGUCGUUGAGAUGCCUCUUGGCAGGCCAAAGUCAAUAUUAAGACUGGUUGGCAAUUAGUCAAUAGUUGCUGAACAAGGGAUGUUUCGGGAACCAAUGUUUCCGCAAUGGGACUUGUUUCGUCAUGCCCUGACUGAGAUAAGUCGCAUAGCAAACAUUACGACGAAAGUUCAUCUUGUCAGGUAGCAUAAUGAUGGAAGAAGUUGCAGUAACUUUAAGGUGAGAAACACAGUUCUGAUUCAGAGCCUACAUGAGCCUUUACGGGCUCCUUAGGCCCCCCAUGAUCUUACAAACCCUUACCAUUCCUUAGGAACCUGUGUGGGUUACUUUUUCACCCUGACUUGGUCAGUCACUGCAACUCCUCCAUCAAAGACAAGUUCCCUCGUUGAAACAUUCGCGCCUCAAAAAUCCCUUCAUCAACCACUAUUGAAUACUUGCCAAGAACUAGUCUUAACCCUGACUUUGGCCCAUUAUACGACACCUCGAUGACUCUACCCGUCCAUCGGCAACGUUGAGUCUCCAGCAGACGCCAACAUUGUGCUGUUUUUUAUUUUAUUGAUGCAUGCCAAAAGUGUGCCUCAGUCAUUUUUCAGCCUUGACGGAGAGAAAUGCAACGGCACAUUUUUUCUAGUCAUCAGGCAGUUUUUAUUUCGCCUCAUUUGUGUGAGACAAGUGUGUAAUAUCACAUAACAUUACUAUGUGAUAACAUGCAGAGGAUGGUGGGCAGAUUGUUCUAGAGAAACUGGCCACCCUGUAUACGCAAUGCCUCAUGACCUCGAGCGUACCGGAAUCUUGGAAGAAUGCUAACAUAAUCCUAAUCUAUAAGAAAGGGGACGCCAAAGACUUGAAAAAUUAUAGGCCGAUCAGCUUACUGUCAGUUGCCUACAAAUUAUUUACUAAGGUAAUCGCAAAUAGAAUCAGGAAUACCUUAGGCUUCUGUCAACCAAAGGACCAGGCAGGAUUUCGUAAAGGCUACUCAACAAUAGACCAUAUUCACACUGUCAAUCAGGUGAUAGAGAAAUGUGCGGAAUAUAACCAGCCCUUAUAUAUAGCUUUCAUUGAUUACGAGAAAGCGUUUGAUUCUGUCGAAACCUCAGCAGUCAUGGAGGCAUUACGGAAUCAGGGUGUAGACGAGCCGUAUGUAAAAAUACUGACAGAUAUAUAUAGCGACUCCACAGCCACCAUAGUCCUCCAUAAAGAAAGCAACAAAAUCCCAAUAAAGAAAGGCGUCAGGCAGUAAGAUAUGAUCUCUCCAAUGCUAUUCACAGCAUGUUUACAGGAGGUAUUCAGAGACCUGGAUUGGGAAAAAUUGGGGAUAAAAGUUAAUGGAGAAUACCUUAGUAACUUGCAAUUCGCUGAUGAUAUUGCCUUGCUUAGUAACUCAGGGGAC